UCUGACAUGCUAUGUGAACUACUUGUAAAGUCCAUCUAUCCCAGUAGUGCGAUGUCGUCCUUGCAGGCUUCUUUUUCUGCUUCUUCUGCCGAUUCAGUUUCACCUGUGUUGAUUGGAUUAUCUGGAAAUAAAUGCUUAACCGCUUAUCCAGUACACCCUGAUACACUGUCACGGCAGAAGCGCGGUCCGUGGAAGAAUACUGGCAAGGCGUUCGAUCACGAGACGAACCAUCGAUCAUCUCCUGUGCCCCUGUGUCCUGGUAGCCUAAUCGUGGCAUCCUAAGCUAGCUCAUACUCCCAGCAUGAGUGACGAGCCGCCCCAAGUCCUCACGCCAAAGUGCCUUGCCAACUGAACCCGGUUCGCCGUGCAGGCAAUGGCAUCGGGAAGGCAGGUAGCCGGCGUGUUCCGCGCGCGAUGAUCCGAGCGCCUGCCCAUUGCGCAUUUCCCCGCCCCGCCCCCUCCGACAGCGCCAGCAGGCAGCAGGUCCUCGGAUCCACCGCGCGCCUGCGAGCUUUGAGAUUUCUAGAGCACCUGGGAACGAAGCCGCCGCGACCAUGGCGCUGACGGAGAGGCAGCCGCAGCCGGAGAAGAAGGCGCCGCGGGCGAGGCUGAUGUCCGGGAAGGCCGUCGUCAUGCUGUGCGCCACGAGCUUCUUCGUCGGGCUGCUGCUCAGCGGCCGUACGGGGCUUCUGACGCCGCCGUCGAGCGACCCCUCCGGUCAGGGCUCCAGGAUCCAUCUCUUCGCCGACGACUGCGACCAAAGCAGGCGUAAGCUGGAGGACGGCAAGCCGAACGACAUCAUGAAGGAGGUGUCAAGAACGCACCAAGCGAUCCAGUCCCUGGACAAGUCGGUGUCGUCGCUGGAGAUGGAGCUGGCCGUAGAGCGCGCCAGGCAGAACGGCGGCCUGGGCGUGGCGGCGCCGUCGAGGGGCCUCCCGAAGGCGUUCGUGGUGGUGGGCAUCAACACGGCCUUCAGCAGCAAGAGGCGCCGCGACUCGCUGCGGGACACCUGGGUGCCCCGGGGCGACAGGCUGCGGCGGCUGGAGAAGGAGAAGGGCGUCGUGGUCCGCUUCGUGAUCGGGCGCAGCGCGACGCCCGGCGGCGCGCUGGACCGCGCCGUCGACGCCGAGGCCGCGGCGACGGGGGACUUCCUGCGGCUGGACCACGUCGAGGGCUACCACGAGCUGUCCGGCAAGACGCGGGCCUACUUCGCCACCGCCGUCGCCACCUGGGACGCCGACUUCUACGUCAAGGUCGACGACGACGUGCACGUCAACCUGGGGAUGCUGGCGGCCAGGCUCGCCAGGCACCGGGCCAGGCCCAGGGUCUACGUCGGCUGCAUGAAGUCCGGCCCCGUCCUCUCGCAGAAGGGCCUGAAGUACCACGAGCCGGAGUACUGGAAGUUCGGCGACGAGGGGAACAAGUACUUCCGCCACGCCACGGGCCAGAUCUACGCCGUCUCCAGGGACCUCGCCUCCUACAUCUCCAUAAACCAGCCGAUCCUGCACCGGUUCGCGAACGAGGACGUGUCGCUCGGCGCCUGGCUCCUCGGGCUGGAGGUCGAGCACGUCGACGACCGCAGCCUCUGCUGCGCCACGCCGCCAGACUGCGAGUGGAAGAAGCAGGCCGGGAACGUGUGCGCGGCGUCCUUCGACUGGCCGUGCAGCGGCAUCUGCAAGUCGCCGGAGAGGAUGAGGGCCAUCCACAGCGCCUGCGGCGAGGGCGACGGCGCCGUCUGGAGCGCCGCCGCCGCCGCCAUCUGAUCCCGUCCCCGAUGGUCCUGGUCCACCAACUGCAUGAUGAGCACCAGCUAGAGCCUUUUUUGCAAAGUUUUUCUUUUUGUUAAUUUCCAUCUAGAAUUUUCUGGAACUCUCGGGUGGAACCCAUGCGGCGCUGUCUGAGAAUUCAGGAUCAUGUGAUAGGCAAACAAACAGGUGGUGGUUGCAGCAUGUUGCCUGCAUGUGCUUGUGGAAUCGAUCAAAGGAUUGAGUGCUGUUUCGCCCUGCUACAUUGCAAGGGAUUUUGCAAGGGUACGAGCUCAAUCGCACUGCUCUGCCUCUGCUCCAUCUGGUAGGAGGCUGCCUACCUGUAGGUCCUGCCAACCAAUCGAAGCGUACGUGAAGUUUUUUCCCUCUCCAGGAAUGGUGACGGCAUCAAAUGCCGAAUUAGAGGUUGUAUUAUACCCAAUGGUCAAUGUCUGUAGGUUGCUUUCUCUUCAGGUCCCUCCUCACGGAUCACCCUUCUCUUCUCUUACAUGCAAUAAAACAAAAUUAAU